AUGGCUCGCGCACUCACUCUUUUGUCUCUGAGCUCUCUGUUGGGCUGUGCUGUCUCUGCCAGAAACAAUCCUUUUGAUUACGAUGUUCUUCAGUAUAUUGAUCCUUUAAUUGGAACUUCCAACGGAGGAGAUGUUUUCCCCGGUGCAACGUUGCCUCACGGCAUGGCGAAAGCCGUCGCUGAUACCAACUCGGGGUCUAGCCAAGGCGGCUUUACUUUGGAUGGUUCAAAAAUCACUGGCUUCUCAUCGCUGCAUGAUUCUGGAACCGGUGGCGCUCCUUCCUUGGGCAAUUUCCCUCUUUUCCCUUACGCAAGCUGUGCAAAGGAUUCUAUCGACGGGUGUAAGUACCCGAAACGGGAGAGACCUGUGGCAUUUGAUACUGCCUCGGUCAAUGCGACGCCAGGGUACUUCGCCGUAACUCUGGAUACCGGCAUCAAAGUAGACAUGACCACUGCUCAGCACACAUCUCUCUUCCGAUUCCAAUUUCCCAGUGGGGAUACCUCUGCUAGUCCGCUGGUCUUGUUGGAUUUGACCGAUCUGUCCGAUUCACGGCAAGAUAAUGCAACCAUCGAUGUUGACGAGUCAACUGGUCGUAUGACGGGUUCUGGUCGAUUCGUACCUAGUUUUGGCUCUGGCACAUACGUAGCCUACUUCUGUGCUGAUUUUCGAAGUUCCGCUGGAAUUCGUGAUAAUGGUAUCUUCGUCAACACACGUGCUACAGCUAACGCCAAAUCGCUCGGGAUUUCUCGAAGCAUUAAUGGCUAUCCUUUGCCUGGUGGUGCAUGGGUGCGCUUCAACGCUGAAACGGAGUCAGUCCUUGCACGUGUCGGUUUGAGCUUUAUUAGUGAAGAUCAAGCUUGCUCUAACGCAGAAAAAGAGAUCCCGGACUUUAAUUUCGAAUCUACGCACUCAGCAGCAGUUAGCGCCUGGACAGAGAAACUCAGUCCUAUUCGCGUAUCUCGUGAAGGAAUCAACAAAACGCUUCUCACCAACUUCUAUAGUGGAAUCUACAGAACUAUGACACAACCUCAGGACUAUACGGGAGAAAAUCCGCUUUGGGAGAGCUCCGAGCCGUACUUUGAUUCUUUCUACUGCAUAUGGGAUCUUUUCCGCUCACAACUGCCAUUUUUGACUCUGAUAGAACCCGAAACUGUAACUAAGAUUAUCCGGUCUUUGAUCGAUACACAACAGCAUCUGGGAUGGCUCCCUGACUGCCGAAUGUCGCUCUGCAAGGGCUACACUCAAGGUGGAUCCAACGCCGACAAUGUCAUCGCCGAUGCCUACAUCAAGGGUCUCACCGGUGGCAUUGACUGGGAGGCCGCAUAUGCUGCGGUCCAGAAAGACGCUGAAGAAGAACCAUAUGACUGGUCAAACGAAGGUCGAGGUGGGCUUCAGAGCUGGAAGUCUUUGAAUUAUAUCCCAGUUCAGGACCUUGAUUAUGUUGGCUUUGGCACAAUGACCCGUAGUAUCUCACGUACUCUGGAAUAUUCUUAUAAUGACUUUGCUAUUUCCCAAAUGGCGAGGGGUAUGAACAAAAUAUCUGAUGCUCAAAAGUAUCAAACAACCUCGACAUAUUGGCGGAAUCUUUUCAAGGCCGAUCAGACAUCAUUUAUGCACGGGACAGACACUGGAUUCACAGGCUUCUUCCAGCCCAGGUAUAUGAACAAAACUUGGGGCUACCAGGACCCUCUCAUGUGUUCAAACAUCGACAACACUGGAUCUAUUUGCUCUCUGCAAAAUACUGCCGGAGAGACCUUCGAAUCCAGUAUCUGGGAGUAUCAAUUUUUCGUCCCCCAUGACAUGGCGACUUUAAUCACAAUGCUUGGUGGACCAUCGACUUUCGUUAAACGUCUUGACUACAUGCACGACAACCAAAUCACUUAUAUUGGCAACGAGCCAUCAUUCCUUACUGUCUAUCAAUACCACUACGCCGGUCGACCCGGCAAGUCGGCGAGCCGCGCUCAUUAUUAUAUUCCCAAAUACUUUGGAACGACGUCCGGUGGACUCCCCGGCAACGAUGAUUCAGGAACCAUGGGUGCUUUCGUAGCCAUGUCAAUGAUGGGGUUGUUCCCUAACCCAGCCCAGAACGUCUACUUUAUCAUCCCGCCGUUCUUUGAGUCUAUGCAGUACACUUCGCCAUUGACCAAAAAGAUUUCGACUAUCAAGUCAGUCAACUUUGAUGCAGAGUACAAAAAUAUCUACAUUCAGUCUGCUACCUUGAAUGGUCGACCAUAUACAAAGAACUGGAUAGACCACAGCUUUUUUACAGAUGGAAUGGAGCUUGUUCUCACAUUGGGUCGCAACGAAAGUUCGUGGGGUACGCAUACCCCUGAUCUGCCUCCAUCCCUGUCGACCCAGGAUUUUUCAAGUAUUGAGCAGGGAAGCGGAUUAGUGCACCCUCAUAUGGAGCAAGACGGACGAGUCCAAGUUUAG